AUGUUUGGUCCUCCACCUGAAGGGGGUGCUCUCCAACUAGAUAGCUUCAAUUUACUAGCUAGCAGUUCAGCGGUGUGCGGGUGGAAGUCAGAAGCAGGUAGGAAAGACAAACUACAAGGACAUUUCAGAUUAAAUAGCUAAAUACUCAGUAAACAAUUUAACGGUUCAAACGCAGUCUGCGAUAUAACUAUGCUUAGUUACGUUAGACAAAUAAUAGACUGCUUCACAAAGCACGGAACUGCUGAACAAGUUAGCUAACAAAGCUAGCUAGCAUGAGGAUGCUCUCUUUGCUUCUUCGCAUGGAACAAGAUGCUUUGAAAACGUGAAGUUAUGGUAAAGACAUGUACCGCCUUUGGUAACCGUGUCACCUCACGUGCUCCAUUUGAAUGCAAACGUAACAUUGUAUCGAUUGUCGUUCAGUCUGCUUCAUACGAUAGCUAUAUAAGUGGUCAUCUUUACCUUGGGUGGUGUUGACCCAAAUGUCAUAACAGCUGAUUGAAGCUAGGCUGAUCAUUUCCAGCCAGUGUAGACAGUAUUUAUCAAUGUUCCAGCAAGUGUUAAAGUUCCAUAACAAUAAAUACCAACCCUCGAAAUGUAUAGUAAUGUACAGUAGGUAUUCUAUUUUAGAAUAUUGCACACACUACUUCAUACAGUACAUAAUAUGCAUAUAUCAACAAUGUCUAUGCCAUGUCAGAUGGGGUAUUAAAACAGCUGUUGCACUGUGUAUGUAUUUUGACCAUUUGCUCUCUAUUCCUCUGCCCAACGGGCAUUUAUUUAGUAGAAGGAUUAGCUGUAACAUAAGUGUAACAUCCUAGCUCCUGGCCAUGUGUUCUCAGAUCCAGCAUCCAGCUCCCAUUGCUGGUGAAGCGUUCAUGAUGCAUCCUCCUGAACGGCCUGGGGCGUCCCCAGCCCCGUGUCAGCAGGCAGCCUCGGCCCCCCAGGGCACCCUCUGCACCGGACCACUGCGGGGUCUCCUCCAGCUAGCCAUGCCCUCCCUGGGCCUCCUCCUCCCCAGGGUCCAUGCAGCUGUCAGUGUGGCGCCUGCCCCGGUACAGAUCCCCUCCCCCCUACCCAGCCUCGUGGGCAAGCCAGAGUUCCCAGACACUGGAUGGGACCGCAUUAAGGAUCUCUUCGACAGGGAGUAAGUUAUGACCGUGAUGCCUCUCUCCUAUUGUCUGUGGCUUAGCCGAGUAAACCCAUCACCACCGGGGAGCGCUCCACAUUGCUUACCUGUUCACCGGAUGAGUUUUCUAGCCUGCACUUAGUUUAGAAGGUUCCAGACUUCUAGUGUCGCAUAACCAUCCUUGCCUUACUGGGCUUCAUACAUUGGCUGUCUAAAAAUGCUCUGUUUGAUUUUAAAGCUUGUUUAUACACCCCUUCCCUGUGCUCCCAGUGAAAUGCAGAAGUAUCCAGAGGAGGUCUCUAGCGUGGUGAAGAGUACCUUAGCUGCCGCCUUGGCGGGCAUGAUCUACGGAGGGCUGCCCGCCGCCCGGCACGCCAGGGAGAGGUUCAUCAAGCUCCACCAGGCUGAGAUAUACCAUAGCCGAGUGGAAGCGGUGGUGAGUGUCUGCGGUUGUGAAUUAACAGCAGGCCACUACAUACAUACAUGCAAUAUGAUGUCAAUGCUUUUGUAAAAGUUUUCCCAAGUGCAGCGAAAGCACAUUGUGUCUGUCCGUCUAAUUCGGUUUAUUUAUGUUUGUGUUGAUGGAGGCUCUGUGUUGUUGUUGUUCUCCUCCAGCGUUCUGCCCAUAACGCAGCCAUCCGGGGCUUUGUGAGGUACGGCUGGAGGUGGAGCUGGAGAGUAGCAGCCUUCGUCACAUUAUUCAAGUAAGCAAUGACUACAUGACUAUUCAGUAUGGGACUCUUUCCUAUGUGGCCACUAUGUUAGUUUGUUCUCCUGUGCUGAUUCUCUCGCUCUCUCUGUGUGGUGUGUGUUGUGUCAGCACUGUGAGCACAGGCCUGUCUGUGUACAGAGACAAGUAUACCCACAGCCACUACGCAGCAGCAGGAGGUGAGUUACUUCAACACCCAAAUGGAGAGGAUGCCUCAAUGUAUUAUACACACUCACACUUAUUCAACUACUUUAUUGGAAUAAUUCAGAAGACAUGAGUCUUGUGAUUUAGGAAAAUGUCAUUAUGAUAAUGUUUUAGUAUAAAUGGGUCCUACUGAAAUAAUUUAUUUGAUAAGAAAACGCUGAUUAUGAUUAUACUUUUCCUACAGUGCCUUCAGAAAGUAUUACAUUUUACACACAAUACCCCAUAAUGAUUUUUUUUUUUUUUUUAAUGUUAGCAAAGUUGUUGAAAAUGAAAAACAGAUAUCUCAUUUACAUAAGUAUUCACACCCCUUUGCUAUGACACUCCAAAUUGAGCUCAGGUGCAUCCAAUUUCCUUUGAUCGUCCUUGAGAUGUCGCUACAUCUUGAUUGGAGUCCACCUGUGGCCAAUUCAAUUGUUUGGAUAUGAUUUAGAAAGAAACACACCUGUCUAUAUAAAGUCAUACAGUUGACAGUGCAUGUCAGAGCAGGAACUAUACCAUGAAGUCCAAAGAACUGGCCGUAGAUCUCCAAGAUAGAAUUGUUAUGAGGCAUAUAUCUGGGGAAGGGUAUAAAACUAUUUCUAGAGUGUUGAACGUUUCCAAGAGCACAGUGGUAUCCAUCAUUGGGAAAUUGAAAAAAUAUGGAACUACCGUCCGAGCAACCGGGCAAGAAGAACCUUGGUCAGGGAGGUGACCAAAAACCCAAUGACAGAACUACAGAGUUCCUUGGCUGAGUUGGGUGAACCUGCCAGAAGGACAACAGUCUUUACAGCACUUCACCCAUCUGGGCUUUGUGGGACAGUGGCCAGACAGAAGCCACUCCUGAGAAAAAGCACGACAGCACUCCUGGAGUUUGCAAAAAGGCGCGUGAACGACUCUGAGCAUAAAGCAAAAGAUUAUGUGGUCUGAACUCUUUGGCCUGAAUGCAAAACGCUAUGUCUGGAGAAAACCAGGCACAGCUCAUCACCCAUCUAACACCAUCCCUACCGUGAAGCAUGGUGGUGGCAGCAUCAUGCUAUGGGGAUGCUUUUCAGCGGCAGGGACUGGUAAGGAUAGAGGGAACAAUGAAUGGAGACAAAUACAGGCAAAUUCUUAAUGACAACCUGCUUCAGUGCAAAUGACCUUAGACUGGGGCAAAGAUUUACGUUCCAACAGGACAAUGACCCCAAGCAUACAGCCAACGCAACCCUGGAAUGGCUUCAGAACAAGACUGUAAAAGUCCUUGAGUGGCCCAGACUUGAAUCCCAUUGAAAAUAUGUGGAAAUACACUGCCGCUCCCCAUCUAACUUAACAGAGCUUGAGAAAAUCCUCAAAUCCAGAUGUGCAAAGCUGAUACAGACAUAGCCAAGAUGACUCUAAGCUGUAAUCGCCACCAAAGGUGCUUCUACAAAGGAUUGACUCAGGGGUGUGAAUACUUAUGUAAAUGAGACAUUUCUGUAUUUCAUUUUCAAUAAAUUUGCUAAUUUCUAAAAACGUGUUUUCACUUUGUCAUUAUGGGGCAUUGUGUGUAGAUGGUUUAGAGUUUUUUUUUAAUGUUUGAAUUCAGGCUGUAACACAACAAAAUGUGGAAUAAGUCAAGGGGUAUGAAUACUUUCUGAAGGCACUGUAAGUGUGAUAUUGUAAAUAUGUGAGUAUGACAUUCCUGCCUGUGUGGGUUUGAGCAGCUGUGACAGGAGGCCUAUUCAGGCUGAACCUGGGUCUCGGGGGACUGGUGGCAGGCACGGCCAUAGGAGCAACCAUGGGGUGAGAUAUGAGGGUUUUCAGUGGAAAAAUAACGGGCUGGUUUUAACUGUGGAGAAUAGUGUUAACUGUGGAGAAACGGUUUGGGGGAGCCAGAUAGUCCGGGCUUGCCCUGCAGUUUGGUAAAAAAUGAACUAUGAAGCCUGAAGGAUGUGAGAAGCAAGUCUCUGGCUGCCAGCUGCACACCCUCCCUGUAACCCCUCUGCUUCCCAGCUGCACCCUUGCCUCCUCUCCCCCUCCCCAACCCUCCAGCCCCCCUCCCUCCCCCUAGCCAUGCGCUGGGUGCCAGAGGGACUCAUGUGCGCUGCAGAGGGCUGUGUUCUGGGCGGUAGAGCAGGGAGGGAGGCCAAGGCAGCAGCUGCCCCUCUAUUUUUACCACCCCAUUGUUACGCCAGCGUUUCAUCUCCAUCCAUCUCCCUCUUCCUCUGCUGCACUAGUCUCUUCCCUCCUCUCCUCUUGUCUCCUCCCUCCUUUUCCUCUCCUGCCUCUCUUCCACCCUGCCAUGUCUGUCACAUUCUUUGAUUUGUAUGUAUAUCUAAUGUGUCAGUGAAGGUUUUAGUGUAGUAAUGGACUGGGUGUAUGUGAUCCAACAUCCAAGCCAUGUUGCUGUGUCUCCAGAGCGAAGCAGAGCUCUGUCCAUGUCUGCCUCAGUGCCCAGCCACCUGGACCGUGUGUUUGAUGUGUGCAAACAGCCCCAGGAGCACCCACAGUCUCAGCCAGGUGCGGGGGGGGGGUGAAAGCAGGCAGCUAAUCAGAUAACACAUCAUGCUCCAAAUGUCUGCCCCUACCUCCUUCAUAGUUCUCUCCUGACACAUGGAUGAGGUGAUGGGGGCGGGGCGGCUUACUAAGUGAGUGACAGCCACCACAGCUCUUCAUGCUAAACUGAGUUUAGGGGGGUUGGAAUGAGAGCUGUAGUCGAUAAAGGGAACCUGGAUAGAUUAAACCCUGAUUGAUACUCAUGAGUGAAACAAUUAAAUGCUCAGAGAGGCAGCAACAUGGCGUCCAGCUCUGAAGUUGGCCAAACUCUCUGUAUUGUUUAACAGUCAGAGGAUUACUGAGAGUGACAGCCACAGUGACAGAAUUUCAUGUGACUCAGAACGUUUGAAUGAAGGUGAUGUCAGCUCGGCUCAUGUCAUCUCUUUUCAGGGUGCCGGCUGGAGCUCUGAUCAUCGCCAUGCAGGGAUUGGCGGGAGAAACGGUCCGGGAGAGGAGGAGGAGGGAGCGCAGAGAGCUGUAUGAACUAAAACUGGCAGAAUGGUACAUUCCAUGGGCAUCAAAACACAAACACACACACUUUAUUACUCCCAAGUAUUCACUCACUUUUUCCUAUGCCUUCAAGGAGUGCCCGUUUGCAGUUGACGGAUGACCUGAUUGGUGAUUUGAACAGCGGUGGGCGGACCCAGGAUGUAGACAAGGACGUACAGAAGAUCCAGGAGCUGCUCAGUUUACCACGGAACGAGGGCGUGGCCCAGGACUCUGACAGCCAAUGACAGCAGCUGAAAAUACUCUAACUGAUACCAAUCAUAGCUGUCCUCACAGACGGACAAUGGUGGGUGGGACUUUCCUCACCCCUGAGGACAUACUGGUUUCUUUUGAUGUUGACUACUCUAUUCUGUUUACUUCUGUUGAAUGGAAAAGAGGACCUAGUUAUUCGCUCAACAAAUAUGUAUUUAUGCUGAAUUAUGAUUUAUACUGUAAAUGUAAUUGCUUUGUCUGGAUCUUUUAAAUGAUUUCCAACGUAUAUAUUUAAUAUAAAACGGCAAUAAUGACACAGUAUCUUCAAGUCACUGCAUUACAGUCAUGACUGUGUGUGCAAAGGACAUGAGGCUGAGAGCCAGUGGGACUGAAGUUGUGGUCCCAUUAUUCAGAAGAACUCUGAGGAAAAGCGCUACAUUUUAGUCAUUUAGAAGAGGCUUUUAUCCAGAGCAACUUACAGGAGC